AAGAGUAGCAGUUGGUUCUCCAUCGACGACAGAGAGACUCUAAACUGCCCCUCUUCCCCAUCAGUCCGGCAAUCAACAGUGAUUGGGCUUUUCAUGGCUUUUAAGUAAGCAAGCAUAGCCCAGAGACAGAGAGAGAGAGAGAGAGAGAGAGAGAGGAGGAGGAGAAGGUCUGAGAGUCUGCAGAUUGAAAUCAUAGAGUAGAUUAGGAUGGAAGAGAAGAGCAGAGCUUGCACUGGAAGCCAAGAACAAGUAGCGCCAUUCGUAGCAAAGACGUAUGAGAUGGUGGAGGAUCCAAGCUCCGACUUCUUGAUCCGGUGGGGGAAGAAGAACAACAGCUUUGUUGUGGUCGACCCCAACGACUUCUCGUGCUUCCUCCUCCCCUCCUUCUUCAAGCACCGCAACUUCUCCAGCUUCAUCCGCCAGCUGAACACCUACGGGUUUCGGAAGGUGGAUCCCGAUCGAUGGGAGUUCGCGCACGAGUCGUUCCUCAAAGGGCAGACUCACCUCCUCCCUCUGGUCACGAGGAGGGGGAAAAGCGAAGGCGGGUUGCAUGGGAGCAGCAGCACGGACGGCGUGGAGGGGGAGGAAGAGCGGGUGUUACUGCAAGAGCUUCAUAGGCUGCGGCAGGAGCAGAAGGCACUGGAUGAGGAGGUCACGGUGAUGAGCAGGCGACUGCAGGCCACCGAGAGGAGGCCGCAGCAACUGAUGUCCUUCCUCGUUAAAGCAGCCCAGGAUCCCAACCUCCUGCAAAGACUCGUGCAAUCCAAGCAGCAGAAGCAGCAGGCGUCCAUGAAGAAGAAGAAGAUGCGUCUAUCUGCUGCUCUUCCUCUUCCGAAAGAUCAUGGAAUCUUGCUGCCCUUCGGUGAGGUUUCAGCGAUGGAACCAACGACGUUUGACCCUUUAGGGAUUAGCAGUUUUGAUUACGGUGGUCUUUCUGUGAGAUCCCAACCCGAGUGUAAUCUGAGGGGGACGAGCUCAGGAGCAGCAUCAUCACUUGCCUUCCCGUACUCCUCGCUCGACCGAGGAUUUCUCUAGCUAACCUCACGUGUUCAUUUGCUGCAAAAACAAAAAAAUCUAUGAGCUCGAACCCACUAAACGAAAUUUCACAUUUAGCCGCGGUGACUGAUGGGAGGAGCGGACGCAGAGCGACGGCAGGGCUUGAAAGAGACGAAGAAGAGGAACGGGGUUCCGGGGCUUCGCUUUCAGACGAGGGGAGGAGGCGGCGGCGGCUGUGGCGGGCGGAAGAAAAGGGUGGCACGGGACGCGCGGCAGUCCGAGAGAGGCCAGGAGGAAGACUGGGAGCACGGGACCGUUGACCGAAGAGUAAUAAUAAUACUUCACUUACCCGUUCACACCACACCCUACAUUGAACCUUCGACUUCUUGCCGGUCCGCUCACGCCGUUGUUGCUAUUGCUGCUGGAGAGAAGGAAAAGGGCCGGUCUUGUGCUGUGGGGCCCUGUGAGAGUAAGAGUGCGUAUAGUGUUUAUUAAUUACUCCGAUCAUA